AUGUCAGGAAACAACAACGAUAACCGGUCUAUAGAUGAGAUAGAAAGAGCCCUCCCUCAGAUCCAGACGCAAAACUGGGACGCCUCGCCAAAUGACAAUGAGAAGAAGCAAGAUGCCGAAAAUGUUGAACAAGUUCAUGCUCAGACAUCUGAUCAUACGAGAUUCGGUCAGGAGCCGGAAAUACCAAAGAACAAUCUUUGGAUAGUGAUGCCUUCAAUCGGUUUGAUUGGAUUUAUCGCAGCUCUGGAUCAAUCUAUCAUCUCCACGGCUUUACCGACUAUAGCAGCCGAAUUCAACACCACUCCAUCCGAAUACUCAUGGAUCGGUACUUCCUACCUGCUCAGUCAGGUCAUGAUGAAUCCGGUCAAUGGACGAUUAACAGACAUAGUAGGAAGGAAACCCGCUUUGUAUAUGGCCGUCAUCAUCUUACUGGUGUUCUCCGCUUUGUGCGGUUCAGCGAAGAACGCUACGUGGUUGAUUGUAUCGAGGGCUUUUGCUGGACUAGGUGGAGGAUCAGUAGUCAGCCUAUCAUUAAUUGUAGUUUCCGAUGUCGUACCUCUUGAAAAGCGAGGAGCAUACCAGGGAUAUAUGGGAGCUACGUGGGGUGUUGCAGGAACUUUAGGUCCGAUCCUUGGAGGUGUUCUAACGACUAAAGCUAGUUGGCGAUGGUGUUUCUAUAUCAAUAUACCAAUAUGUGCCGUCGCACUCGUACUACUAUAUUUCUUCUUAAACCUCAAGAGAACACAGAGAAGUGAUAUCUCCGAACUACGAAAAUCGUUUGAUUUCGUUGGACUAAUCCUCAUAAUGGCCGCUGCAGCUAUGGUAGUAGUCGGCUUCUCCAAUGCCGCCGACGAAGGGUUCGGAUCAAAGACUGCCUUCCCAAUAAUCAUUGCAGGUGUAGCAACAACAGCUUUGGCAGUCAUACAUUUCUUGACUACUAAGAAAAACGCUAUUAUCCCUGCUCGUAUGCUCAAAACUCGUACACCAUUAUUCUUUACGUUCGGGUCAUUCUUCCAAUCACUCAUGUUCAUGCCCGCCAAUUUCCUCUUACCUCAAUUCUUCCAAGGUGUAGGUGGUGCAUCGUCCCUUAAAUCAGGUGUGGACUUUAUUCCUUUUUGUGUGGCUUUGACUAUUUUCAGUAUAAUCGCUGGUGAGAUAUCCACUCGAUUCCAUAUAGUUCGACCGGUAAUUUGGGCGGGUUUUGUCCUGAGUGCAACAGGCUAUGGAAUCUGGUAUGCCGUGCUGAAAUACGACGUAUCGUACGCUGCGCAGGAGGCAGUACAGGUGGUAGUAGCUGCUGGAUUGGGCCUAGCGAUUUCAACUCCGAUGUUGGUUAUUCAAGCUUCGAUGCCGGGCAAAGAUAUGGCGGCUUCUACGGCUGCUUGGACCCUAUCACGUUCUAUAGCUGCUUGUAUAGGUGUGGCUAUCUUCACUGCUGUUUUCAACACUGGUCUAAGAUCGAGGUUCUCCAAGAUUGUUGGAUAUGGAACGUCGUUCACUGCUCCCACCAGUACAGCAGGGUAUCAUGCCUUGCAUGAUCUUCCGGAAGGUCCAAUGAAGAAUGCUGUUAUGGAGGCUUUUGCAAAUUCCAUGAGGGUAUGUUGGAUUAUCGGAUGUGCGUUAUCAUGCGCUGCUCUCGGAAUCACAUUAUGUACGAAAUCAUACAGUCUCAGAAGAUCUUACGCUACCGCGUCUUCUACCCAGGAUAUCACAAGUCCGACUGACGAGAAGGGUCAAGCACAAGGUGAAGACGAAGUUGGCGGAGAAAUGAUAGAUCAAGCUACGGAAGAUAGACAAAACAGGGAAUUGUUGAGGAUCGAAGAUGGAUUGAGGGAUACAGGUGGUAGUUUGCCUCCUACAAGGAUGAAUUCGAGAAUAUAA